UUUACCCCAUGUAACUACCCAACACCUGAAAUUCUGUAAUAUAUGGUGAUGGUAGUGAGAAUCAAAAUUCCGUUAAAAAAGGGUCCGAACAAAAAAGCUGCAACGUAUGGGACACGUGGAACCAUCCGAUUGCGAUGGGCCCCAUCACUUCUCUCUCUCCCUCCCUCGCGAUCCUUUCUGCUAAAACGGCGCCGGCGCCGGCGAGAUGUUCUACUCUCACCUUCUUCUCGCCCGCAAGGCACCUCUCGGUCAAAUAUGGAUGGCGGCCACUAUGCACGCGAAAAUGAACAGGAAGAAGUUGAGCAAAAUCAAUAUUACUAAGAUCUGCGAAGAGAUUUUGAAUCCAUCGGUUCCAAUGGCUCUGAGACUUUCAGGAAUACUCAUGGGUGGAGUUGUGAUUGUUUUUCAGCGAAAAGUGAAACUCCUUUAUGAUGAUGUAAACAGGUUUCUGGUGGAGGUUAAUGAAGCCUGGAAGGUCAAAGCACCUCUAAAAGAUCCUACCCCGCAGCCCAAAAAUAAACCAAAAGCCAAGCGUGAAGCUGUGACAUUGCAAGAGAACCAGGACAAAGAUCAUGGAUCAAUUGAACAUCCAAUGCUACAUUCAGACACAUCCAAAAUGACGGGUUUCCAGCAAACCACAUUUGCUGCAAUGAACCUGGACAAUGUGGAAAACCAGUACAUUAAUGUCAAUCUAGAAGAUCCAGGCCAAGACCUUCAUCAAGUUGAUGCAGAUAACAUUACCUUAUUUGACCACUUUGAAUCACAUCGGAACGAUACAAAGCUAAACAGGCAUUUCGAAAGGUUUGACAUUGAGGGAGAUGAGGAGACACAGACAGAUUUUGCCACUUUUGAUAACACUCAAAUCCCAGAUACUCUCAUACCAUCUCCGCCUGAGCAACAAGAAGCUAAUGAGAUCCAGGAGCAGCAUCCCAAAGAUGGGUUAAAUCCGACACAUGAAGGAAAAGGAAAUAUUCAGCCAAAGGUCCUAGAAAAGCCAGUUCCACCUCAACGUAGAGCAAGAAAGCCUCCAACCUUUACCAUGGAUAAUGAUGAGAUUGUAAUCCCUGGUCACAUUUAUCAGGACUGGCUUAAAAAUUGCUCAGACAUAGUGUCAAGAAGAGGAAGAAAAAGAAAGUACACAGAUGUAUUCGCAACUACAAAAGUAGCCAGACGCAUGGAUAUUCCUCCACAUGUGCUAAUGGAGGAGCUAUUUACCAGAGGGAGUAGAGAUGUUCAUUAUCCAAAGCCUCUUUUAAAUCUAUGGGUGAAAAGCACCCAGCUUCCCCAUGGUUUACCAUUUGGGAGGACCCCUGGCAUCCAACAUCCUGAACAACCACCAUCAGAAAGAACUAACUUUCAAGAUCCUUCAGGAGGAUAUGCCUUUGAUGAUUUUCACAGUGGAGUAAGCCCCCAAGUCAUAGACUCUAUAGAGAAACAUAGGGAAGCUUUCAAUAAGAUGCCACGUGAUAACAAUAUCAUACUGGAGGAGCUGAGAAACAAUGUCACAAACAUAGAAGAACAAUUAGGUGAUGUCGGAGGAGUACACAAAACUAAUAUUAUUGAUCUGUUGUCCACACCAGGAGGUUCAGGGAACCAAAUCGGAUUGAUUCCUAGUUCGCCCGGAUCUGAACUUGGCUUCAGAUCACUGAGUUCUGAUAUCAAUUCUGGGAAGUCCAACAGAAAGAGACCCUACUCUUCCUCUAGGCACAGCGGCAGUAGCCUUGAACCGGUGGCAGAAGAUUGUGCUGAUCCAAACUUCAAGAUGACUAGACUAUCUGAAUUGUCUGAAACUGGUUUCACCCCUGAUAAUGAAAUAUUGAUGGAAACCGGACCAACACAGACACAAAUCCCAAGAGCUGACCAACCAUUUGAUAAGAUAACCGAUUCUAUUCGCAGGCAGCUGAAGACUCAUUUUGAUAUGCCCGGCUCUCCAAAGGUAGAGUGUUUGAAUGAUCUAACGGUUGGGAUGAGCAGAAAACAGGCAGCAUGCAUGUUCUAUCAGACUUGCGUUCUCGCGACCCAAAACUUCAUUCGUGUAGAACAAAAGGGGGCGUAUGAGGGCAUUCUCAUCUCCAGAGGUGCAGAGAUGUGACUUUGAUGAAAGAGGUCUUUAUACACAAACCUAACCUCCCUUAUUUACAAUGACUUAUGGGGAGUGAUAACAAGUUUUGGCUGUUAGGAUUUAACUUAAGUU